AUGAAGGACGCGAAGAAGCCCACGCGGGCGUCCCGCCUGGGCGGGAGGCUCGUCGGCGUGGCGUCCAUGCUCCUCCUCGUCUCGCUGGGGUUCGUCCUCGGCGUGACCUCCUCCAACGCCAUGUUCAUCAGGUUCUACCUCCCUUUCAUGCCGCCGCUACGCUCCGCUGCCGCGGCGGCGUCCUCGCCCCCGCCGCAGCCGUCGCCCACGCCGCCACCGCCGCCGACGCCGACGCAAGACCAGCGGACGGGGUCGGCGGGGUUCCUGACGGCGCCGAGCGGCGUCAUGCACAACAUGACCGACGAGGAGAUGUACUGGCGAGCGUCCAUGGCGCCCAUGGUCCGCCGCGCGCCCGACAGCCGCGUGCCGAAGGUCGCCUUCUUGUUCCUGGUCCGGGGGGAGCUGCCGCUGCGGCCGCUGUGGGAGAAGUUCUUCGAGGGCCACCAGGGGCUCUACUCCAUCUACGUGCACGCCCACCCCUCCUACACCGGCUCGCCGCCGGCGGACUCCGUCUUCUACGGCCGCUACAUUCCGAGCCAGAGGACGAAAUGGGGCGACGCGAGCCUGGUGGAGGCCGAGCGGCGGCUGCUGGCGAACGCGCUCCUGGACCUCGGCAACGAGCGGUUCGCGCUCUUCUCGGAGGCGUGCAUCCCGCUGUACGACUUCCCCACCGUGUACGCCUUCCUCACCGGCGCCAACACCAGCUUCGUCGACUGCUACGAGAACGGCGGCAGCCGGUCGCGGUACCGGCCCUUCUUCGCCACCCGCAACAUCACGCUGGCGCGGUGGCGCAAGGGCGCGCAGUGGUUCGAGAUGGACCGCGCGCUCGCCCUCGAGUCCGUCGCCGACGACUUCUGCUUCCCAGCGUUCCGCGACUUCUGCGUGGGGCGGAGCGAGUGCCUCAUCGACGAGCACUACCUCCCGACGCUGGUGAGCCUGCUGGGGUGGGGCCCCCGCAACGCCAACCGCACGCUCACGUACGCCGACUGGAAGCGCGCCGUCAACCGGCACCCGCACACCCACGGCGGGGAGGAGGUGACGGAGGCGCUCAUCAGGGAGAUCCGGGAGGACGGCGGCGGGCGGUGCUUCUACAACGGCGCCCGGAACGGCAUCUGCAACCUGUUCGCGCGCAAGUUCUCGCCGGACGCGCUCGAGCCGCUGCUCCGGGUGGCGCCCAAGGUCAUGGGGUUCGGCUGACGAGACGGCCGGCGGCGACCGGAGCAGGGGUUGUACCAUAGUAUUCUUUUUUGCGCCAUGGCCGAUCGAUCCAGGUUGAGCUGGGAUCACAGGCCGAGAGUCCAGUAUCAAGAGGAGAAUAAACUCUCAAAU